GGCUGGAGGCGCUCUGCAGCGGCUGCAGCCCAGGACGCUCACGCUUUGUCCAAGAUGAGAGGCCGGUGUGAAGGAGGAGCGGCGAGAGAUGACAUCCUGGAUGGAGGUCUGUCCCCCCCGCGGCCCGAGGGCCUGGACGCGGCGGUCGCGGCCCCCGCGGGAGCGCCCGGCCCCGGCGGGAAAGGUUCCAGAUGUCCAAUCUACAGUGAUGACAAGGUCUAUGUCGGUGUCCGGGUCCGGAUGCCGGUGAGGGAUCUGCUGAGGAACAUCCGCCGGUCCCGGGACCAGGAUUCUCAAGCGUUUAGGCAGGACAGCAGCAGCCGAAUGGGCACAGGAAACCUGAAACGAGCCAGAUCUCGCUCAAAAAAGCCGACCAUCAAGGUGAAGCACCUCAGGAAAAGCCUGGAGGAACUGGAAAACAUCUUGGAGGUGCUGGAGGAGGACCUCAGAACCUGCCCCUCUCCUCCACGAAAUCUAUCCUCGUCCAGCCCCCCAGCACAUGCUGAACUAUCUCCGGAUGGGUACAGCGAUGAGUAUGAUGAUGUGAUCCCCAGCCCAGAAUCCUACCAGACCUACUCUCCAAGCAAAGCAGCCUACCACCAACCCGUGUCCUAUCCUGACUGCUGGUUCUCCAGCCUCCAACCCUCAACUGUCAGCAAUAUGCAGAGAGGAGACGAUCUUCAGAACCUCAACAAGAACCUCAACCAGAACCUCAACAGUUCUGCCUUCUUCUGGACGCAGCUGCAGAAAGAGGAGGUCCAGUUGAUGGGCGUCUCUGAUGAACACCUGCUGGAACCCGAUAGAGACGGCAAGACAGCUCUCCACAGAGCGGUGUGCGUGGGGAAGCGGGCGCUGGUGUACGCCAUCGCCACCAGGGUGGCGGCUCUCAACGGCCUGGACCUCAAAGACUCGGAGGGAAUGACCGCCCUCCUGUAUGCGGCCAAGCUGAACCAGCACCUUAUGGUGGCGGACUUGGUGUACUUGGGCGCCAACGUCAACGAGAGAAACAGCUUGGGGAAGUCCUGCCUUCACCUGAGCGCUGAGAACGGCUACACCAGAGUCCUGGAGGUCCUGAAACAAGCCAUGAUGGAGGGAGUGUAUGUUGACGUGGAGGCCACUGAUAACUCUGGAAUGAGCGUCCUGCAGUGCGUCGCUGUGUCGCUGAAGAACAGUGUGAGUGAGGCGGAGAGCAGCAACUCCAGAGUCCACCUCCUCCGCCAGGAGCAGAUGAUGGAGAGUCUGGAGUGUCUGCUGCAGAUGGACAGCUCCCUGCUGAACACGGCGUACCGGUCCCGAUCAGAGGAGCCGGAGUUUGCAGCUCAGCCCUGGAUGAGCCGCCAGCCCGUCUGCCCGGGAGGGCAGUCAGAAACCCCGACAGUAAUGUUCUGAGUUUGUCCAGGCUUGACUUUGUUGUUCGGAGGCCGCGAUCAGCUGGUCUCCGAGCACGAGUUCAGGUCUGUGAUGUAAAGCAUCCAGCGUUGUGUGCGAGGCGGUGUGGCCCGACGUGUCGUAGCCCGCACAGAAACGCUGGGUGCAAGUGAGCCGGUUUCUGUGAAACCUCCACUGUUUGUUACGUUCAAGUAGCAGCCAGUCCUGAAGUCCGUGUGUCCCUGCGGACCCCGACGUGAACUCUGCCACUGGGCUUUGGUAACCCAGCUUUUCCAAAACAGACCCGGCGGAGGAGUGGGUUAAAUGCGUAAUGUUUGGGUCUGUAGUGCAGAUGAAGAGCAUCUUUAAACCCCAUCCAGCUGGGUUUGUAGCCAGAGUAUCCACGUCAGGUGUUUAAAGGGCUUUUGUUUUAAAGGACAAUAUCGUUAAAUCCUGUAUGGAAGGAAAUGCAGUUUCUCUUGACUGUCUUUCCCGGUCAGACACCAACCUUAACCAUGUCAGGUGUUGGGAGUUUGGACUCAUAUUUCUCCUUUUUCUGGUCAAUUCAUGCUAUUAGUGAGCAGCCAUCCAUUUUUAUAUUUCAGACCUGCAACACAUUUCAGAAAAAGUUGUUCCAGUGAAGGUUCUGCACCUUGAAAGGUUUUACAUUCCUCCUCACAACGCUUGAAGUCUCCAGGCACGAGGAUUUUUGGAUGUUGAGGGUCGGAACUCUUCCAAACCAACCUAGAACCUUCCAAACCAACCUAAACCCUUCUAGACCAACCUAGAACCUUCCAGACCAAACUAGAACCUUCCAGUCCAACCUAGAACCUUCCAGUCCAACCUAGAACCUUCCAGUCCAACCUAGAACCUUCCAGUCCAACCUAGAACCUUCCAGUCCAACCUAGAACCUUCCAGUCCAACCUAGAACCUUCCAGUCCAACCUAGAACCUUCCCGACCAACCUAGAACCUUUCAGACCAACGUACAACCUUCCAAACCACCUAGAACCUUCCAAACCAACCCCACAUCAAAGAAUAUUCAUUCUCUGUUGUUCAGAGGUCAAGUUGAGACAAAGCCAAUCACUAAGUAGCUAAAGUCAUGACAGCUAAUCAUUGGACACACCCAUUUAAAAAUAGAGCCCUAAUUAUACAUUUGUUGCUUUACAUACAUUUACCUGAUGAAAAAAAGAAAAGUCCCCCUGAACAGUUGUCAUGGAUGGGAAAUCUAACAUUGGAAACUAAAACCAGGUCUUGUUCCAGACUGUAAAUGUGUUUAUUUCUGCUGUAAAGUCGAACAUUCUAACCUGGAGGUCAAUGGAGAUGAAGUCACUUUUGGAUCCAGAGCUUAGUGGUCUGUAGAGGAUCAGCAGGUCUGGAUCCAGAGCCUAGUGGUCUGUAGAGGACCAGCAGGUCUGGAUCCAGAGCCUAGUGGUCUG